AUGAACAUAGCGCAGGCGACAGGUGUAGCAGUGGCUGUUUUGUUGUUCUCAGCAUUUUGCUGGAUCUGCAAUGUCUUGAUGUUGUGGCUAGCAUGGAUACACAACGAGCGACUAAGCUAUGUUGCCUGUAUAUCAUAUUUUCCACUUCUAUCGACUACAUGCAGUAUCAUACAACAACUUCACGACUAUAUCUGGUUUGAAGAUGUUGCUAUUGCUGCCUGGGAGAACAGAAUUGCCAACGUCGGUAAUCCAACGCUCGUCAUAUGCAAUGGCUGCACUGGGAUCGAUCGCAUUCUGUUCUACAUUCAGUAUUACUGCUAUAAUGUCGAAGCAACGUUCGUUCUAUUCUGGGCCUUCUCUCUCAUGGCCUCAGUCUAUGGCUGGACAUCGAAGCCUCAUCCGCGUCGUAUAUUUGCCCGAAUAAACAUUGUUGGGAAAGUCACAUCUGUGGUUCUCCCGCUUGUGACUGUCUCGUUACUUCAAGUGGAAGCAAUUCAAGGGAAAAUGGUGGCGUUUCUGGUUAUUGCUGACUUCCAGUUUAUAAUCAGCUGUGGUGGAGGGGCGAUCUUCCUGCUGAUGAUUCUUGCAAAAUACGUCCAUUCACGGAGACAAUUCAAUACGUGGACCGCUGCCUACGGAAUAAGCUCCCUUACAACCGAAACUGACACGAAAAGGAGCAGCUUCUCUCCCAUAUUGCCACGUCCAAAGGGAAUAUAUGACAAGUGGCUUGUCAUUCGCUUCACAAUCGCAUUCGUUGCGCUCGGAAUCUUCGAGUGCUGUCUUGCAACAUUCCAAGUCACUGGACAACAAAACAACACAGCUGUUUUUCUUUCACACGCGCCUAACCUGAGCGCCGAGAAGGCAAUUCGGAUGAGUCUACAAGAUUUGCCUGGUGUCACCGCAUCAUUGAUUCCAUUUGUUGUCUUUGGCACUACCAAGCAAUUCCGAGAGAAGAUGUGGACGACAUUCGUGCCGAAGAGAUGGCAGAAGUCUUCCAAGAGGGACAACAUGGCUUUCACAAACCGCCAAUCCAUGCUGCAAGACCCAUACUCAAGCAUCCGAGUGUCAAAGGGUGUGGCCAUUUCCUACAGCAUGAAUGACAUGAGUCCCACGCCAAGUUGCAGCAACUACAAGAAGGCCGCAGAUGAUGAGAAGCCACUCAAGCCUCUGUCACCAGCAAGAGUUCCUGCUAGAGGCCCCUGGGAGGACCGAUGGGAACAACACUCAAGCCUUCACGGUGUACGAUGGCACGUAUCCGCAGGCGGCGAUACCCACCCAUCACAGGUUAAAUAA